CGCGCGCCCGCCCGCCGGGGCCUGUGCGCUGCGGCGCGUGCGCGAGCGGUGCAGCACCGGCCGCGGGAGCAGGGAGUAUUAUGGGCUGUGGGUGCCGCUGAGCAAGAUGGAGCUGUCUGCAGUGGGCGAGCGGGUCUUCGCGGCCGAAUCCAUCAUCAAACGGCGGAUCCGAAAGGGACGCAUCGAGUACCUGGUGAAAUGGAAGGGGUGGGCCAUCAAGUACAGCACUUGGGAGCCCGAGGAGAACAUCCUGGACUCGCGGCUCAUUGCAGCCUUCGAGCAGAAGGAGAGGGAGCGUGAGCUGUAUGGGCCCAAGAAGAGGGGACCCAAACCUAAAACUUUCCUCCUGAAGGCGCGGGCCCAGGCCGAGGCCCUCCGCAUCAGCGAUGUGCACUUCUCGGUCAAACCGAGCGCCAGCGCCUCCUCGCCCAAGCUGCACUCCAGCGCGGCCGUGCACCGGCUCAAGAAGGACAUCCGCCGCUGCCACCGCAUGUCCCGCCGCCCCCUGCCCCGCCCAGACCCGCAGGGGGGCAGCCCCGGCCUGCGCCCCCCCAUCUCGCCCUUUUCGGAGACGGUGCGCAUCAUCAACCGUAAGGUGAAGCCCCGGGAGCCCAAGCGGAACCGCAUCAUCUUGAACCUGAAGGUGAUCGACAAGGGCACGGGCGGAGGGGGCGCCGGGCAGGGGGCUGGGGCCCUCGCCCGCCCCAAAGUCCCCUCGCGGAACCGCGUCAUCGGCAAGAGCAAGAAGUUCAGCGAGAGCAUCCUGCGCACGCAGAUCCGCCACAUGAAGCUCGGCGCCUUCGCGCUGUACAACAAGCCGCUGCCCGGCCCUCCGCCGCCCCCGCCGGCCGGCAAGACCGACGCCGCCGCCGCCCCCAGCGCGGGGCUGCUCCUGGCGCCCCCCGCUGCCCGCUAUGACGGCCGCAGCUCCAGCUCCUCCGGCUGCCCUUCGCCGGCACCGCAGUCCUCCGACCCCGACGACGCGCCCCCCAAGCUGCUCCCCGAGACCAUGAGCCCGUCUGCCCCCGCCUGGCUCGAGCCCGAGGUGCUCGACCUGUCCGUCCCCCCGGAGGCGGCAGCCACCAGCCAGCGGGCGCCUCCCGACGUCGCUGCUGCUGCCGCCCAGGCGCUUCCCGCGGCCCCCGAGCCUGUCGGCGCCCCCUCGGAGCCUGAGGCUGGGGACUGGCGCCCUGAGAUGUCGCCCUGCUCCAACGUGGUCGUCACCGAUGUCACCAGCAACCUCCUGACGGUCACUAUCAAGGAAUUCUGCAACCCUGAGGAUUUCGAGAAGGUGGCUGCUGGGGUAGCAGGCGCCGCAGGGGCGGGUGGCAGCAGUGGGCUGAGCAAGUGAGGGGGCUCUACCAAGGAGGGGGGCUUGGGGGGGCCCUCCUGCCCAAAGGCAUACUCUUGCUUCCGCCCCCGCCCUCAGACACCUCUGCCUGUGCUUUGCUCGUUUCAGAUGGCUCGGUGUUGCCCCGGGGAUGGGGCUGGGCAGUUGGAGCCCCCUGCAGCCCAGUGGGAGGGGCAGUCCUGGACCGGUUUAGAGCUGGCGGAGGGGGCGAGGGCACUGGAAAGUCCUCCUUCGUGUCUCUUGGCACCCCCCCUCCCAUGCACCGUGGGACCCGCCGGGUGGCUCCUGCGGGCUUCAGCUGCACCCUCCACUUCCCACCCUGUCUCUCCCCAGCUUGCUUGCAGCUCGCGCACACAGCAUCUGAUUUCUCGGUGCUAACCUGGCAGCUGCGGGGGGCCCCUUCCGAGACCCCUUCCAUGCGUGGGCACCGUCCCUUUCCUUCUUCCAGAUGCCGGGGCAGGGAUGGCAAAGCCAGGACAGAGGUUGUGGUGAGGCGGGCCUUGGCCCCCUCCUUCCACAUCAGUGAAGGUGGCAGGAGCGGGGCCAGAGACAGGGUUCUUCCCGUCCUCUUUUGGACGAGAGCCAAGCAGGCCCCCUAGGCCCCACCCCACCCCAUCUCUCUCCUAAUCCCGGUCUCAAAGAUGGGAAGAGCUGGCAAGGACCUCGCCCUGCCACAGCCUCCCAGCAUCUAAAGGCCCCUUCAGUUCUCAACCAAAGGUGCUACAAGAACCUGCUGUGGGAACUUCGACUGCGCGUGCGUCUGCCCCCCGUUGGUGUGUUUGUACGUGUAUCUGUGUGUGCAUUGGGCACUGGGCCCAGGCUUUCCCGGUAGCACCCUUUAGGGUUCCUCAGAAUAGGGUCGUUGAAAGUCUGGACCUUCCCUUGCCAUCCCCUGGGCCUGGAAGCUGGCCCAGGUCUGAUAAGUUUGCUGUGGAGGCCGCCAGACCCAUCCUCCCGGCCCUGGGUGUGCUAGGGGCACAUGCCCCCGUGCCCUUCUCCUUCGGGGUGGUCAGCCCGACCAGUCGGGCCUUCGCCACAGACAUGGCAUGGCGGGGACUGAGGUAGAGAAGGGAGACCCCCACGCUGAGCUUCCCCUUCCUCCUGGGCGUUUGGGAGGAGGGAGGAAGCCUGGAAACUGUUCCUGAGGGUCUCCAGCAUCUCCUGCCCCCUCUCUUUUGCUUCCGACUGCUGAGGCUUUCUCACAGCCCAGCCUGCUCGAAGCGGUGGGAGGCCUCUGGUGCCCUGGGCAGCUUCUUUCCCUCUGCUGCCAGGGAGUCGAGGCGGCCAUGCCAGCAGCAGAGACCAAAGGCCUAGUUUUAGGCCGGGCACUGGGAGGGUAGGCAGCCCAAAGAGGGCGACCAAGGAGGGGGCCUGUGUUGUUCAGGAGAGCGAGGGUGUUCGGGACCAGGGGUUUGGUGUGCUGUGGGAGGCAACCCCGCUGGCCAGCCCUGGCCACUGCCCAGUCUCAGUUUGGCAUGAGUGGCAUGUCCCUCAGCGUCACUUGAGGUAGCUUCCUGGUGUGUGCAGCGACAGGUGUCUCAGCUCAGAGCAUCAUGGCAAAAGGUAGGAGGAGGCAGAAAGCAAAUCCAGUUAGGUAACAAACACCUCUGCCCUAAGUAUGGGAGGACCCUUUCUUCCGAAUCUCCCUGCCAGGGGCUGCGGCAUGUCCUCUGUCCCUCCCCACCCCAGGAUGUAGAACAAGGGCCCUCGCAGGGUUUGGGGGGCUGGCACUCCUGGACCCCUCCCCACCCCGCCCUUUGUAUUGGCUCUGUGGCCGUCUAAGUGCCAAUUGGCUUCCCCCAGAUAAGGGCUGGUACUUCUCCUCUUCCCUAGAGGUGAUUUCCCCCCCGACCCCUCACCCCAGGUGAGCAACCACCUGGGUGCCAGUUACAGGUGUUUCCAGAGACCAUAGAAAUGUGUUUUCCUGAGAGUCCGUGUCAUUUGUGACUUUUUUUGUAAAGAAGUUGUGUUUUCAGAGGUGAUUUUAUGACAGGAAAGUGAAAGAAUUAGUUUUGCAAAAAAAAAAAAAAAAAGAGGAAAAAAAAGUAAUAGAAAAAAA